AUGGACUCUUCUUUUCUUGCUUCGGGGUGUGGCGUCAGGGCUAGAGCAGUGGAGAGGCUUGACAUUUCACCUUUUGUGGCUGCUUCUCCUGUUGGUAGUUGUACCUUUGAGAGGAGGCAAUCAUCUGAGACCCCUUCCACUUCUCUUCCUCGUGAGAGAGGGUGUCCAAAAAAGGACGCAAGCCCCAUACCUCAGAAGUGUAUUCUCCUCAUCUGGCUUGCUUCUCAUGAUGCUCUCCCUACUAAUGAGUGUCGUUUCAAGCGGUGUUUGACGCCUUCUUCUGAGUGUGUUUUGUGCCAUGAUGGUGACGAGACAGUUUUACAUUGUCUUCGAGAUUGCAGGGUGGCUAAGGAGCUUUGGAAUAGGGUGGGUUUCGCUGCUGCUAAUCCUUUGUUUCUCGUCCAGGACCAGCAUGUGUGGUUGCGCGAGCUGCUUGGAGACUCCGACCCUCUAGCGUCUGCUGCAAUAUGGUGGAUUUGGAGAGUUCGGUACCACUUUUGCUUGGAGAAUACGUUGAUGAAUCAUUUUGUAGUAGCGUCGAGUAUAACAAAUAUGGCGAGGGAUAUUCAGAGCUGCUUUGGAAUUUCAAAUGCGGGCCCUUCUUCUUCUCUUAGGCUUGUGCGGUGGCAUCCUCGAAACCAUGGUAGGUUGGUGCUUAAUGUUGAUGGUAGCGUUCGAGAUAAUCCUAGUAGGGGAGGGUUUGGAGGCUGUCUGAGAGGUGAUCUUGGGCAAUGGCUUGGGGGUUUCUAUGGCUUUCGUGAUGAUCUGAACAUUCUAUACCUUGAGCUUCUCGCAAUUUUUUACGGGUUAAGUAUGGUUUGGGAUCGUGGUGAUCGUAAUGUGGAGUGCCAAUCCGAUUCUCUUGAUGCAGUCACUCUUGUGAUAUCAAGGAUUUACUGA